CUGCAUUCGGCGGCGAUGGAGCGGCCCCGGGGAGCUGCGGACGGCCUCUCGCGCUGGCCCCUCGGCCUCCUCCUGCUCCUGCAGCUGCUGCCGCCGUCCGCCGUCGGCCACGACCGGCUGGACGCUCCGCCGCCUCCUGCGUCUCCUCUGCUGCACUGGGCCGGGCCGGUUGGGGUGAGCUGGGGGCUGCGCGCCGCCGCGCCUGGGGGCCCUGUCCCCCGCGCUGGCCGUUGGCGCCGCGGCGCGCCCGCCGAGGACCAAGGCUGUGGCCGCCUCCCGGACUUCGUCGCCAAGCUAGCCAACAACACGCACCAGCAUGUCUUUGAUGACCUCAGUGGCUCAGUGUCUUUGUCCUGGGUUGGAGAUAGCACUGGGGUUAUUCUCGUUCUGACGACUUUCCAAGUGCCACUGGUAAUUGUGAGUUUUGGACAGUCCAAGUUAUAUCGAAGUGAGGAUUAUGGAAAGAACUUUAAGGAUAUUACAAAUCUCAUCAAUAACACCUUCAUUCGGACAGAAUUUGGCAUGGCUAUUGGUCCUGAGAACUCCGGAAAGGUGAUACUAACAGCAGAGGUGUCUGGGGGAAGCCGAGGAGGAAGAGUGUUCAGGUCGUCAGACUUUGCCAAGAACUUUGUGCAGACAGACCUCCCAUUCCACCCUCUGACUCAGAUGACGUACAACCCUCAGAACCCUGACUACCUGCUGGCUCUCAGCACAGAAAAUGGCCUGUGGGUGUCCAAGAAUUUUGGGGAAAAAUGGGAAGAAAUCCACAAGGCAGUAUGCUUGGCCAAAUGGGGAUCAGACAACAUCAUCUUCUUUACCACCUAUGUGAAUGGCUCCUGCAAAGCUGAUCUUGGUGCCCUGGAGUUGUGGAGAACUUCCGACUUGGGGAAAACCUUCAAAACCAUUGGUGUGAAAAUCUACUCAUUUGGUCUUGGGGGCCGUUUUCUUUUUGCCUCUGUGAUGGCUGAUAAGGAUACAACAAGAAGGAUCCAUGUGUCAACAGACCAAGGGGACACAUGGAGCAUGGCACAGCUUCCUUCUGUGGGACAGGAACAGUUCUACUCUAUUCUAGCAGCCAAUGACGACAUGGUCUUCAUGCAUGUCGAUGAGCCUGGAGAUACCGGCUUUGGCACAAUCUUCACCUCUGACGAUCGAGGCAUUGUCUACUCCAAGUCCCUGGACCGACAUCUCUACACUACCACAGGUGGCGAGACCGACUUCACCAACGUGACCUCGCUCCGUGGAGUCUACAUAACCAGCAUGCUCUCGGAAGAUAACUCUAUUCAGAGCAUGAUCACUUUUGACCAGGGAGGACGGUGGGAGCAUCUGCGGAAGCCGGAGAACAGCAAGUGUGACGCUACUGCGAAGCACAAGAAUGAGUGCAGCCUUCAUAUUCAUGCUUCUUACAGCAUCUCCCAGAAGCUAAAUGUCCCGAUGGUCCCGCUGUCAGAGCCCAAUGCCGUGGGCAUAGUCAUCGCUCAUGGUAGUGUGGGCGAUGCCAUCUCGGUGAUGGUCCCAGAUGUGUACAUCUCAGACGAUGGGGGCUACUCCUGGGCAAAGAUGCUGGAAGGACCCCACUAUUACACCAUCCUGGACUCGGGAGGCAUCAUUGUGGCCGUUGAGCACGGCAGCCGGCCUAUCAAUGUGAUUAAGUUCUCCACAGAUGAAGGCCAGUGCUGGCAAAGCUACGUGUUCACACAGGAGGCUGUCUACUUCACCGGGCUCGCUUCGGAGCCUGGAGCCAGGUCCAUGAACAUCAGCAUCUGGGGGUUCACGGAGUCCUUCAUCAGCCGCCAGUGGGUGUCCUACACGGUGGACUUCAAAGACAUCCUAGAGCGGAAUUGCGAAGAAGAAGACUACACCACAUGGCUGGCACACUCCACAGACCCUGGAGAUUACAAAGAUGGCUGCAUUCUGGGCUACAAAGAACAGUUUCUACGGCUACGAAAGUCGUCCGUCUGUCAGAAUGGUCGAGACUACAUUGUGGCCAAGCAGCCGUCCGUCUGUCCCUGUUCCCUGGAGGACUUCCUCUGUGACUUCGGCUACUUCCGCCCAGAAAAUGCCUCAGAGUGCGUGGAGCAGCCAGAACUGAAAGGGCACGAAUUAGAGUUCUGCCUGUACGGCAAGGAAGAGCACCUGACGACAAAUGGGUACCGGAAAAUCCCAGGAGACAGAUGCCAAGGGGGAAUGAACCCAGCCCGAGAAGUAAAAGACUUGAAAAAGAAAUGCACAAGCAAUUUCUUGAACCCCAAGAAGCAGGACUCCCGCCCACAGGGACACAGCUUGUCCCAGAAUCCAGCUCCGCCUCCUCUUGGAUACACUGAAAACACACACUUCCUAUCUCCUACCCAGCAGCAGAAUUCCAAGUCGAAUUCUGUCCCUAUCAUCCUGGCCAUCGUGGGACUGAUGCUGGUCACAGUUGUAGCAGGAGUGCUCAUCGUGAAGAAAUAUGUCUGUGGCGGAAGGUUCCUGGUGCACCGAUAUUCUGUGCUACAGCAGCACGCAGAGGCGGAUGGAGUGGAGGCCCUGGAUACAGCCUCCCACGCUAAAAGCGGUUAUCACGAUGACUCAGAUGAGGACCUCCUGGAAUAGCUCUUCAGAGGGGCUGGGACCGAGUGGACGGAGCCUCAGUACCUCCUACACUCCCUGAGGCUCUGACUUGCGGAAAUUAAUUUCCCAUAGCAUCGGACCCAGCCCUGUUUCCGCUGCUUCCAUGCAAGCCCAAAGGACCUACACUGAGGACUGCAGGGUGGGGGUGGGGACCCUGAUGCAUCUCACGGUUGGCUCUGAUGGGGGUAAAUUUUAAAUUCUUUAACUUUUUGUUUCAAGUUCUGUCUUUUGUAAAAAAAAAAAAAAAAAAAGUGUGGGCUUUAGGUUUCUGUUGGUUUGUUUGUGUGCGGAGGGAAAUGAAAUGGGAUUGAAUG